UAAUCAUUACGCCGCAUAGCAGACGAAUCAACAACGAAUCAACUAACAAGACGAUCUCUCAAUUCUUUACAAAACGCGCGAUCGAUAUAACAGAGGCGGGUGGCUGCUGGUCGCCAAACGGCGGUGAGUGAUAGAGGUCAGAAGUAGGUCAUAGCUUGAUCAGUCUGAAUCGAGCCAUAGCUGAGCCCGAAGCUGAGCCGUUGUCUUUUGCCCUCUUAGAUCUUUUAUCAUCAAGUACGGUUACUCUUCUGCCACAAGCAAAAUGCCAAUCCAAAGCAUCAAGGCACGUCAGAUCUAUGAUUCCCGUGGUAACCCAACAGUAGAGGUUGACUUGGUGACUGAGAAUGGUUUAUUCCGUGCUGCUGUCCCAUCUGGCGCGUCUACUGGAGUUCACGAAGCUUUGGAACUUCGCGACAAUGACAAGUCCAAGUAUCAUGGAAAGUCAGUUUUCAAGGCUGUUGAUAACAUCAACAGCAUCAUUGCUCCACAACUAAUUAAGUCAGGUCUGGAAGUCACCCAGCAAGUAGAUAUCGACAAUCUGCUGCUCAAGAUCGAUGGAACUCCGAACAAAUCAACCCUUGGAGCAAAUGCUAUACUUGGAGUUUCACUUGCUGUUUGCAAAGCUGGAGCUGUGAAGAAAGGAAUACCUCUAUACAAAUACAUUGCAGAGCUGGCUGGAAACCCCGACAUUAUCCUCCCGGUACCCGCGUUUAAUGUUAUUAAUGGGGGUUCACAUGCAGGCAAUAAACUCGCCAUGCAAGAGUUCAUGAUCCUACCAAUUGGAGCAGUAAACUUUACCGAAGCUAUGAAAAUGGGAAGUGAAGUCUACCAUUAUCUGAAGGCGGGCAUCAAGAAGAAAUUUGGACUUGACGCUACUGCUGUUGGUGACGAAGGUGGCUUUGCACCAAACAUACAAGACAAUAAAGAAGCACUCAACCUCAUCAUUGAUGCUAUAAAGGCUGCUGGCUAUGAAGGCAAGAUUAAAAUUGGGAUGGACGUAGCGGCAUCUGAAUUUCACAAAAACGGCAAAUAUGAUUUGGACUUCAAGAAUGAAGCUUCUGAUCCCAGUACUUACCUUGAACCAGAAGCCUUGAAGAAUCUUUACUUAGACUUCGUUAAGAAUUAUCCGAUCGUUUCGAUUGAAGAUCCCUUCGACCAAGAUGGCUGGGACUCUUGGACUUCUCUUACCUCAUCGACAACAAUUCAGAUCGUCGGGGAUGAUCUCACUGUGACCAAUCCCAUUCGCAUCCAAAAAGCUGUGGAUACAAAAGCUUGUAACUGCCUGCUCUUAAAAGUCAACCAAAUUGGCAGCGUUACCGAAUCGAUCAAUGCUCACAAGUUAGCUAAAUCUAAUGGCUGGGGCACCAUGGUAUCCCAUCGUUCUGGAGAAACUGAAGACACUUUCAUCGCCGAUUUGGUAGUGGGUCUUUCAACCGGCCAGAUAAAGACGGGAGCUCCUUGCCGCUCCGAGCGUCUUGCAAAAUACAACCAAAUUCUCCGUAUUGAGGAAGAAUUGGGAGCUGCGGCAAAGUAUGCUGGGGAGAAAUUCCGCAACCCCACAGCCUAAGUUAUCCUUGAUUUUAGAAAGAUGGAUUUGUUCUAUUAAUAUGUCGUCAUUGAGAAUAAUAUGCCCUCUAAUUUAUUCACUCAACGAAGCAAUGUUCAUUGAACAGUGUGUACUUGUUAUAGGAAUGGAAAUAAUCCUAUGAGGCAAGCAUUUUUCUGUAUCUGUAGGAGACCCUAUACUCGACAUAUAUGAUGGUAAUUGCAAGUAAAUGAUGUCUCAUCCAUAAAAAAAGUGAUCACUCGUUUUUACAUAUAAAAUAUUGGUGACAAUUGCGUUACAUCGCUAAAAGCAUUAUAAAUUAUUAUUUCAUAACAAUAAUAAUAAUAAUAUUACUGUC